CGACACCACGACUGACUUCCUUCAGGAAGCCCACAGAUGCACAAGCCCUCAGAUUUCCCAUCUGAUCCGCCUCUUUCAUCCCCUUCUCCACCAGCUGCCAAUCCUGCCCACGUAUUGUUGUCGUCAAGCCACCCAACCAUGGGUAACCAACAUCAAUCAGAUCUUAUGAGUUCCCCUUCCAGUGUCGACUACGAUCUAGACGAGCUUUUUAGCUUGCCGACCGGAAACUCGAGUAACGUCCACAUCCCUCCGAUGAUAUCUCCGAUGGAGCCCUCGCUCUUCCCUUCUGAAGCGACAAACAGCACUCGAAAGCGAUGGACGCAAGAUGGUAGCGAUCGAAAAGUUGCUGGGCUUCUGCAAGAGAAGCUGACUCGCCAGGAUGGGCCCUCUCCAGCGUCGAAGCAAAGUGCCCAAGACCGGAGAGUUGAUGUUGACCUGUUAGCCGAGUAUCGCAAGCGUCUGAGAACCAGAUCUUGCGCUGCCUGCAAAACGCCCAUCGAGACCGACGCCGCCGACCUUAUCAGAAGGACAGGGAAAAUGCUAAAAGAGUCGCGGUAUCUCCACCCAUUUUCCUUCUGUUCUAGGUGCAAGGGAUGGUUUUGCGCAGAGUGCCUCAGAUAUUACCCCGGUAGCGCAACACCUACCCUCAAGCAUGUGGUCUCAAGCAAACACUUCCAAACCGCCUGGUGUUGUGACCAGGGUCGCGUUUUUCUCAUUUUUUCUCUUCUCUGUGGCCUUGAAGCAACAACUCCGUCAUCGCCAUCGUCCAAGCGAGCAGUCAAGAUAUGUUACGCAAAGGCGGAAUCGUCAUCGAGCCUGGGGCCGUUCGCAGCGAAGAGCAGAAGUCGAAACUCGCAGUCGCAGCUCUCCAAAGGCACCGGAUACGGAGACAGCUUCCCGAAGCGGGAGAAGAAGGUUGGUCCAGGUUUGCAAGAUGCUGACCGCAGCACCCGCGAAUUGCAGCUCUACUUUGAGGCUCUUUCGUCGGUCCUGCCCUCGGGCAAAAGGGAGACAACGGCAUUCGAUCGUCUCCCUCAGCCGGCCGUCUCCGAGAUGCUGUGGAGAAGUCCAAUAUUGGAACAUGCUUCCGAAUUGCUUAGGUACGCUUCGAUCGAGGAGAUGACCAAGCAAUACGACCCUAUAGCAGCAGUUUUGGACUUCAUGGAAACCGUCUUGAGCCAUAACAGUACCCGCCCAUUUCUCGUCCGUGAAAGGAUCCUUUUCCACCCGGGAGAGCGACUGCCUCACUUCAUUCUAGGAAGAACCUCAAAGGGACGGGCCACCAGGGUUAGUACUGCGUACGAGACCGCACAAUCCCUGUCUACCAUCACGCAGCAUCUGGCGGUCCCUUGUCGGAAGUUCAUCGAAGUGUCCCGCCGCAUUGCAAACAUUGAUGGGGAAGAGGAGGGAGGAAGGCUGCUUGAGAUGGUGCAACGAAUCUGCACCAUCUCCGACCGUCUUUCCGUUCUUCGCUCGCGGCUCGCGAUCGAGGAGGUCGACCCGGCCCGCGGACCAGUUUCCUCGUCCUUAACCCUACCAACAACAAAUGUCGCCACGCGCAGGAUGCGUGCAGACGCCGACAAAGUAGCUCGGGAUGUGGCACAUCAGGAGGGGUUGACAAGAGCAGCCGAGUUUCACCGGGAAAACUGUGUUAAGGAAGUUUCGGAUGACUUGAUUGUGAGCAGUUCCUGCUACGAGAAGGAGGCACGAGAGGCAGAAAAGUCAGAGCCUGCACCGGGACGGAUGAGAAAGCUCCUCGCUCAAGUCUCGUCCUUAAGCGCCGAUCUUCCUCAAGGAAUUUACGUUCGGCACGGUGAAAGCCGCCUCGAUGUGCUGAAGGUCUUGAUUGUUGGCCCAGCCGACACCCCCUACGAGCACGGCCUGUUCGAGUUUGACAUGUUUUGCGGCAGCGACUUCCCACAACGACCACCGAAGAUGUUCUUUCGAACAACAGGAGGCGGGCGCGUUCGCUUCAACCCGAAUCUGUACAACACUGGCAAGAUCUGCUUCUCGUUGCUGGGGACAUGGGAUGGCCAACCAUGGGAACCGGACUGCUCGUCUAUUCUGCAGCUCUUGGUUUCGAUACAAGCCAUGAUUUUCAACGACCAACCCUACUACAACGAGCCUGGCUUCGAAUACCAUAAUGAUCCCGCACGAGUCCAAGCGUACAACAGGAAUAUUGAGCACCUAACUGUCCGGUACGCCUUGAACUCAUGGUUGGCAGAACGGUUGGCUGGUCCUACCCAACCUUCCGUGGCAACCCACCCAUCGACCCCUAAAGAGACGGCACCCCUGCAACAGUCCCAAGAAACGACCGAACAACCCUUAACUCCAAAACAUCCGCCGCAGGUCACGGCGCACGAUAGUCAGCCAGGACCCAGGGAAGCCACUGACCACUUGACUGGGGCCCUCCAUCAGCAAUCAAUGCCCGCCAAUUCGCACCCAAGCGCUCAGCUGCCUGUCCAGGGAAAAACCGGAAACUCUACCACCUACGCGCCCCCAAGCACUUCAAUGGCAACUCCGACAUCAACCACAGGCUCCCACAGUCAGCUGGACGGCUGGACGGCGAAUCAACCCAAGUCAAGCCAAAUACCAGCUGUUCUCUCACAUUUGCAGUCCACUCUUACCAACCACAUAGAUUCCCUGAUGCCUAUUGAGUUGUUAAGCAGUCCAAUGAUAUCUCCGUUCAUCCCGGAGGAGCUCUCAUUUUAUACAACUCCCGAGCCAAUCCCCCCUCCGUCUUGCCCGUCUCCUCCAGAAGAAGACGACCCCAUAUUUGGCGACAUCGUCCGCGAGCACUUCAGGCUCAGGGCGGGGAUGAUAAUGGAAACAGUACGCAACUGGGAAAAGCAGACCGGGAAGGGGCCAGGGAUAGGAGAGGCCGUUGCGACUCUUGAAAGCCAGCUGAAGCGGCAUGGGUUUAUCAACUAAUAGCGAGUACGCCCCAACGUUCGGCCCCCUCCGGCGUUGUUUGCACAAGCAUUCUGUGCGAAGCUACCGUCGGCAGCUUGCAGCUGCGAACAUUGGCCAUACCGACUGAGUGGCGAGCGUGGGGUUUCAGUGGUCCAGUGCAAGCGGGUUUUGAGCUGAGUUUUGUGGACAAUUUCUGACCGUCGAAAUGCCAGCGAGAAUAUGGACGCACA